AUAGGGGAUAAUGUAAUUUUAGGAUAAUUAAGUUUAAGGUUUUUCGAGAAAUUACAUAUAGCUUUUCAUGUAGUGAUGGAAUGAACAGUUCUGUCACUCCCUGUCUCAUUAGCUCGGGUAUUUGUUUGGGCAAAGUCUGAUUUGAGCAUGUAUUAUACUUACAACUACUACCUGUGGAUUUGGAAUUUACAGACAUUACAAACUUGCAUUCCUGUGUUGAGUGGUCCAACCAGAUUAUUUAUUUUUUUAGGUGUUCGUAAAAUUUUAGGGUCUGGAUUUUUUUAUAAUAGUUAAUACUGUUGCUUGCCAUUUAUAGUCUAACUAACGUUAUGGCUUCGUCAGAUAUUGCUCGUCAUUUGCUUUAUCAGUCCAGAUUGGAAAGACCGUCUAGUAGCCCUGCAGAGGAAGUACCAGAUGAAAUGUUCCUGAAGAGAGGAGACUGUUCACGAUCACUUUCUUUGUCUGGCAAAGUUGGGUUUGAUAGUUUACCAGAUCAGCUGGUCAACAAGUCUACCAGUCAGGGAUUUUGUUUUAAUAUUCUCUGUAUUGCUAUAAGCCAGUAGUGGACUACAUUGAUGCCCAGUUUGAAGCUUACUUGCAAGAAGAACUGAAGAUUAAACGCUCUUUGUACAAUUACCAUGAUACUCGCAUUCAUGCUUGCCUUUACUUUAUUUCGCCUACGGGCCAUUCACUCAAGUCACUGGAUCUGGUAACCAUGAAGGCACUUGACAGCAAGGUUAAUAUUAUCCCUAUCAUAGCAAAGGCUGAUACUGUCUCAAAGAAUGAGCUACACAAAUUCAAGAUCAAGAUCAUGAGUGAGUUAGUAAGCAAUGGAGUCCAGAUAUAUCAGUUUCCUACAGACGACGAGUCGGUGUCCAAAAUGAAUGCCACCAUGAAUGGAAUCUUGCCUUUUGCAGUGGUUGGAAGUAUAGAUGAAGUGAAAAUUGGAAAUAAGAUGGUAAAAGCUCGUCAGUAUCCUUGGGGCAUUGUACAAGUGGAAAAUGAAAACCACUGUGACUUUGUUAAGCUUCGAGAAAUGCUUGUGUGUGUAAAUAUGGAAGAUUUGCGAGAACAAACCCAUGCCCGUCAUUACGAAUUGUACAGACAAUGUAAACUUGAAGAGAUGGGAUUCCGAGAUAAUGACCCAGAGAACAAACCAGUUAGUCUGCAGGAGACUUACGAAGCAAAGAGGCAGGAGUUCCUGAAUGAGCUACAGAGAAGGGAAGAUGAAAUGCGACAGAUGUUUGUCCAAAGGGUCAAAGAGAAAGAGCUAGAGCUAAAGGAAGCAGAACGUGAGCUACAGAACAAGUUUGAGCAGCUGAAGAGUAUUCAUCAUGAGGAAAAACGUAAGCUAGAUGACAAGAAAAAAAUUCUAGAGGAUGAAAUAAAUGCCUUUAGCAAAAGGAAAUCGGCAACAGAACUACUACAAGCCCAGGCGUUUGCAACUCCAGCCAGCAUCAAUGUGAAAAAGGAUAAAGAUCGCAAAAAGUAA